AUGCGUGCUAGACACUCAUCGUCCUCCACGAUUCUUGAUCGCCACGCAGCUGCCGCAAAAGCUCCGCCCAUCCCCAGACGCUCAUCCGAGGACUCGGGCGGUGCGGCUACUAAAGACAUCAAUUCUCUCAACGAGCUGUGGAACACCCUCAGGCAACAGAAGCAGCGUCAAAUGGCCAAGGAACCUCCAAAAGUCAGCUCCUUAAAGGCGCCGACGCCUAGUAUACAUUCCCCUGCCCCAUCACGUACGCCAGAUCCUGUGGGGGUGAGAAAAGUGAUGUCGCCUCAACCUCAACCUCUCAAGAGGCGAAAGUCAAAUGUCUCGUUUCGAGAGUCCCGUGAUGGUCGUACUGUCACGGCCACGUUUAAUCUACCCGGCAUCAAAAAACACAAUGCCCAUGUUAGCUAUCGCGGCAGUCAUCUGACUGUAACAUGGGAAACAGUCAAGAUCACUGAGAUCGAUGAAGGAGGGACGUUAGUGAGGGAACGAGAAAAAAAGGAGUUUUCUAGAACUAUUCCUCUUCCAGAGGGAACCAAGUUUGAAGAAGUUGGCGCACGUAUGGACGAUCGUUAUUUGAUCCUGACGUACCCAAACAUGCGGUCAGUACGAGUGGAGCCUCGACAAAUGGGUCAUCGGCAGGUUGAGCCUCGUCGCAUAGAACCCACGGAGAUCGAAGCUUCAGAUGUAUAUGAAUAUUAG